AUGCGAUGGGAACCUUCGCUUUUUUCAGGAGGUCGCUUGAAGUAUGAGAAUGGAGGCAAGAAGAAGCCUUUGAAGGCCCCCAAAAAGGACUCGAUUGAGUUUGAAGAAGAUAAGGACUUCAAGCAGAAGCAAGCCCAAAUGAAACGUGAGGAAGAAGCUGCUAGGAAGGCUUUGCUGGCUAAGGCGGCGGCUAAGAAGAAGUGA